AUGCCGCCCGCGCGCGCCCCGGCGGCCAGUCCGGCCAUUGUCACCGCAAUGAGCAACAGCAUUGCCGGAAACACUUUGCUCGCCAUCUUUGUUUUGUUGGAAGCUGGAAACUUGGAAUGGAGCUACUAUGCUGGAGAAGGUUCUUGGUCUGCUCAACGCCGUCGCAAGUUGACCGGGCAUGCACCUCUGGAUGAAGAUAGCUCUAGGAGAAUGAGUGGCGCGGGCAUCCGGGGCUUAAUUAUCGUCGCAAUCAGGGCCGUUGGCGGUACGAGUAGUAUGAUAUUCGCGCAUGACGGUGCAGGCUGA